AUGGCCGGCGACAAAGUCCCCUCGAUCCACCAGCUGGAGAAGCCGGAAAACGUCCACGAGAUGCUCCGCAAAGACCGACAAGAAGACUGCUUAUCCUGCAAAGUUGUUGGAAGCGGCGCAUUCCUCGGUCUUGCCGGCUACAGCUACUUUUCCGGCAUGUCGCAGCUCGAACGGCAGCGCAAGGCCAUCCUCCAGAGCAAGUCCAUGUUUGGGAUGCGCAGCCGCAAGGCUGGUAUCCUUGGCAUUUCACUUGGGCUGGCGUACAUGGGAUUCUGGCGAGCCUUUUACUAA